GCCCCUAGAAGCUGCGUCUCGGCUCCUGCCACCGCCCGGGCCUCGCUGGUGCCUUCCGGCGGGUAUCAGCGCGCUCCCGAGCGGCUGUGAGCGACGCUGGGUCAGAACGACGGAAGGACGGUUAGUCAGCAGUCUUGUAGCUGGAUCCCCUAGGAAGAGAAGUUCUAAAGCAGUAAGAAGAAAGCAUUUCAGUGUGGAACAUUUAUUUGCAGCUGGCAAUGGGGAAUGGGCUGUCAGACCAGACUUCUAUCCUGUCCAGCCUGCCCUCAUUUCAGUCCUUCCACAUUGUUAUUCUGGGUUUGGACUGUGCUGGAAAGACAACUGUAUUGUACCGGCUGCGGUUCAAUGAAUUUGUAAAUACUGUACCUACCAAAGGAUUUAACACUGAAAAAAUUAAAGUAACCUUGGGAAAUUCUAAAACAGUCACUUUUCACUUCUGGGAUGUAGGUGGUCAGGAGAAAUUAAGGCCACUGUGGAAGUCAUAUACCAGAUGCACAGAUGGCAUCGUGUUUGUUGUGGACUCCGUUGAUGUUGAAAGGAUGGAAGAAGCCAAAACUGAACUUCACAAAAUAACUAGGAUAUCGGAAAAUCAAGGAGUCCCUGUGCUUAUAGUUGCUAACAAACAAGACCUGAGGAACUCAUUGUCUCUCUCAGAAAUUGAGAAAUUGUUAGCAAUGAGUGAACUGAGCUCAUCGACUGCCUGGCAUUUGCAGCCCACCUGUGCAAUCAUAGGAGAUGGACUGAAGGAAGGACUUGAGAAACUGCAUGAUAUGAUAAUUAAAAGAAGAAAAAUGUUGCGGCAACAGAAAAAGAAGAGAUGAAUGGUGAUACCUUUCAUAUCUGUGUGGAGUUGAUUUUCUCUGGUCUGAUUUUGACAAAUGAAAGAGUGUCUACAGCCUGGUUUGCCUGCCUGCCCUCCUGGAUGCUGUUAAAGCUUUGUUUUAUUGAACAGUCAUUUGCCCAACUCUGUUGCCUUGUGGAAGAUGAGUCAAUGCAGUGCUUCUUAAAAUGGUCUCUUCUCCGCACCCCACACGUCUUUUGGUACUACCAUUUUCGGAAGCCAAGCAAGGAUAGUAAAUGGACCAGAAAACAGUUGUGGAAAUUUGACCUGAAGUUAGUGAAAUAAAACUUUGAAGAGUGUC